UUGCAGUGGGAUGUGCACGGCAUCACUUUACAGGCCGUGCAUCACCGCCUUAGUAACCCACGGGCAGCAGUGGAGUGAGGGUGUGCUCCGCCGCGCUCCUACUCCUCCGCCCAUCCAGUGUUCCCGUCUUCCUCGCAGGGUCAGGCCGUGACAUGGAAAAAGCCACAAUGACUCUCACGAUCGGGAAGCUUAUCAAUGCUGUGACCUUCUGCCUAGCCAUUGGCUCGGGGAAGGUGCACAGCCGAGGUCUUCCCACAGGCUGCUCGGAGGCCGGCUGUUCGGGGGUGGAGUGCUACCAAGGCUUCUGCGGCGCCCAGUGUGAGUGUGAGUGCCUCCCGUGCUUCACCGGGCCUUCCUGCGCUUCGUAUGAGGAUCUGUACGGCCCCAGGUUCGCCAUCCGGGAGGACACGGUGAUCCUGGAGCCCCACCACACAGGUGUUGUGUACAAGGCAGCUGCAGAGGACGAGGACCUGGGUCUCACCUGUCCACUUGGUCCGGGCCGCAACAGUCGCUGUCCAUGCGCUUCUAUACGAUAUGAAAUUUUCACUCCUGGACGCGGCCAGCGAACGCCUCACAGUCUCUUCACCAUCCAUCCCUCCUCUGGACAGGUGUUCCUACAGCCGGGCACUACACUACAGCCUAGUGUCCGUCACCAGGCGCUAGUCGUCGCCUCGAGUAUCAACGGCAGCAGGGAGGAGGGACACUUACCGCUGUAUGACGUGCAAACACUAACAGUGAUGGUUCGACACAAGGACUCGCUGCGUGACCUCCUGCAGGACCCCUUGCUGGACCAACUCAGACACCACUUUGUUCAGGAUGUCUUCUUUGGUACCAACUUCACAAAAGAGAACAGUGAUUCCACCCACGAACACCACGACCACCACCAUCAGAAGGAAAGCAACCACCACCAGAACAGCCUCGCCGGACACACCAGCCACGCUACGACCUUGAGUUUCCGGCGAGGCGGUGACCUGACCCCGUGGGAGAAACAGGUGACCAAGAACAACCUGGGACCCGGACUUGGUAGGCGGCGCAGGGCAGCGAGACACACUCGAAGGAGCCGCCAAGCCCAGCCACCCAUGCCCGCCCCUUCCCCGCUAUAGAGCGAAAGCGCUGGUUGUGGGAGGAAGCCGCCGCGGCCAGGUGAAGUCGGCUAGCGGUGGGUUGACAGCUAAGCCCCGCCGCCCGCCUCAACAAGUUAUGAGAGAGAAGGGCAUCAUCACCUGCCGAGUCUGCUGAUUGCCCUCGAGGUGUCUGGUGACGCCACACGCGGACAUCUUUCCUGGUGACGCCUGCAGGAUUGAGGACGAGUGCAAGUACAGCGACACCCUAACCUCGAGAACUGAUGGCAAAGGAAGCGAGCUGGCAGCGCACUACAACGAUUACUCACUCUACUAGUCUGAGUCACACGGGCCCCGAGAGAUGAUGCCUCACGCUCCAGGAAAACACACACACGUACAGUACACCUCACCAUCUUGCCAGAUACUUAGUGAAAGUAAUGUAAAAUGAUCGGAGAUUUUUCCUUCGUCAAGGAAUAUACUUUGGCUCCCAGGAAUCUAAAGUCAGCUUAAAAAAAAAAAAAAAAGUCUUGCAAUAUACAAUGAGGGAACACAUCAUCAUACUUUCAGUUUUGAUGUAUCUUAUUUGUUCGUGUUUUACUCUUUUUUGUCUGCCAAGAAUGAUUGGCUAUCCUCGCAUGAACUAGACCAGAACACUAAUGGUUUCUUCACCAAUCUCUUUACGAAUAAAGAUUUGGAAUGCAAAAGAAAUAGACACUAAGAAUGAAUAAUUGAAGUAUUCUGUACCAACGAGCAAAGGGGACAAGAGGAGAGAGGGGCCAGGUAUAUCAAUGCUGUCUGUUUUCCUCUAGUCUAGUGGAAGGAAAGUGUCUCGUAAUUUUAAUGCUGAAGACGAGCCUUGAGAUCAUUGUCGAGUGACUUGUUUACCUCAUUGUGAGUUAUGUAUGUACACGUGUUGGGAAGAUGAAAGCGUGUGGGUGAAUAUUUCAAACACAUAUGUACGUACACACCCUCCCACACAUCCACACACACACACACACACACACACACAUGUAUUUGAACGAUCUCAAAAAUGAAAUAUAAACACACCUUUUAUAUUCUCUAAUUUUAUCGCUCAGCGUCAUGACAUAUGCCAAAACAGUCAUUGCAUGCGUACUGAAAAAAAAAAAAAAAAAAAAAUUGGCGCACAUUUCAUUAUUUUUACAUUCGCUGUAAAUUAAUCUUUCGUAUUGGCUUAAUUCUUUAUCGCUUUUGCUAGGACUUAAUUAAAUGUUUGCGUUUCAUUUUUUUUUUUUUUUUUUUCCAAUUUUCACGUUUUCACUUUUAGAUUUAUUGGCUCAGUGAAAUGUUUCCGCGCCUGGUGUUGUAUACAGAAACCUGCGUAGUGAUUAUGAGGACAACAUAUCCCUGCCGGCCUUAAAGGUGUUCAACAUAGACAGAUUUCACCGAGUCGCAGAAUCAACCUCGCUGGUAUGUUAAUGUUUACGCCUCAGGGAUAAGGUUGUCUCUUCGCUCACCACAGCAGAUGGCAUUAUGCAUUUAUCACUGUUCUGUAGGUAGAAACCUUCUGGCAGUACGCUGAAGGGUGUUAAAACUACUUGAGUAGUCACUUUAACUGAGCUGAGUCUGGGAUGAAAACGUGUACCGUAUAUCCAUGUUUGGUGCACCAAUCACCAGCCAGGGACAGGAAGGGUGUUCUCUCCCACCCAAUGAAAACAAGUGUGCCUCCCAACACCUUAUAUCUGUCUUGCUUCUCGGCUCCUUUAAAUUUUUUCUACUAAAACAUUUAUGAAGAAGAAUGGCUAUGAGCAAUAAAAUACUACAAAAAAUAAAUAAAUAAAAAAAACGUUCUCUCGCCGCUCCUUGAAAACCAGUAUUACGGAUCACCGUAAUACUGCUGGUGAUCCAAGUUUCAAGCCGACAUCUGAACUAUAUAAUGACCAAUCCUUUUAAACUUUUCUACUCAACUUUCUGGAUUGUAACUAUUAGGCUGAUUUUUUUUUUUUUUUUCAUCCUUUCGUAUCCUUUGACUAAGCUCAUAUAUACAUGAAGAAAAGAAAGUUGUAUGAUUAUAGCUAGCAUUUAAGGAGAAGAUAAGAUCCAGUAACCGCACACCACUCGAUGUUUCUUCACAUAGUUUUCCACAACUAUUCUUGAAGACACGAGUACUACACCUGCACCUCAGCCGGCUAAGAGGUUGGCCAAUCUGACUCGUCUUCCACCUUAUUACUUCACCUUAUCUCGAACCAAAUGAACGAAGCCAGAUUCCUACAGCUAAUGGAAGUACACGUCAUGUUUACAUGGUGAGAAGGAUGUGGAAACGUAACAGAAUGUUUAUAGUAUGCCCGUAUAUGGAAGAUCCGCGUGGCAAUGUCUAGAUCGCCUCAUCACCAGACAAAAUCACUUCUGAGACUCCUUUCAGUCUGUGUUUGAUCAUUAGACAACCAGAUUAGGAGGUCCUGGCAUGAAAAAAACAACAUCACGCAGUCCGUUAAUUUACGAUGCCAAAUAAACUCAUAACUAAGUUGCCUUAAUAUCAAUAAAUAAGUAAACCAUUAAAUCAAUUCCCAUCCUCACGCCCCGUCGUCAUCCUCUUCUUCCCUCACUGUCCUGUCUUGAGCCACUCCUCUCCACUCCGUGUGCAUUCCUUCUAUUUAAUUAUAUUUGUAUUAUCAAUAGUGUUUUAGUUAUCGAUAGAUAGACGAUUCUCCAUAAAGAUAAUAACAUAUAAUUGACACGGACAGAUCAUGUGGUGGUCAGAACCGUAACCUAGUACAGAAAGAGGCACAAAGUCUUUCAGUGUACAGGCAUCCGGUGAAGGAGGAGGAUCAUAAUGGAUAAUACUGAAAUUUAAGAUGUGUUAUUAGUACCUACCAAUUCAUUAGUUACUUUAAUGACUUUUACCUUAACAUCUUUAUUUUAUAAUGUUUUGCCAUGGAUAAUCGGAUCACCAUUAACUUCACUUCACUUUGGUUUUCAGCACCUAAAGGUGUAGUCUUAUUAGCGCUUUUUCAGUUGAUGUUUGUGGUUUUCGUGGUUUUUGGUCCUUCCGUAUUUCUAUUUUUUUUUUUUUUUCUGCUACAUCAUCUUUACUGGGCAAGAUCAUCGUCAACUUCAUCAAAUCAAAACAGAUCGUGGAUAGCAUAUCUGGAGUAACCCUCAUAAAAUAAAACUUAACAUCUCUCAACAUAUUAAGAAUAUUAAUUCAACUUUGUGCACAUUUUGUCAUACUUUAGUUCCUGGACGCUAUGGACGCAAUGAAUCAACCUGAUUGAUGACGUACGAACCACAAGGAUGACAUACUCGUAUAUCUCAAGAAAGGCUCUUUUUUUUUUCCUUUUUUUUUUUUUUAGACGAGCAGACCACAACUGCAUCAUUUUUUUUUUUUUUUUUUUGCUAGUCUACGAAUAACAAGCCUCAUGUCUGCCGGAACAAUGUUCGUUUACAGUCUUUUGUUUGUGAAAGUUGUGAUGAACGGCUGAGUUCAUUAAAUAGUUCACUUUCCAGAAAGUUGGCGAAUUAAAAAGCACGGAAAAUGUACUAGUAACUCCAGACGAUGUCUUAAAUAUAACCCAAUCUUUACUCUUGGUCAUCUGGCGACAUUGAGGAAACUUUACUUAAGGCAGAAUAAAGCAACAGUAGCGAUGAAAUCUAGGAUGGCUGCCACCAACAAUGGAGGACCCAAAUCAACGUUCGUGAGUUGGACUACGACAGGUCAUCGGCUUUUGCUGAGUCAUGGUGAACUAAAUGGAAUGUCCUAAGUCACGGGAACCCGCAUUUGUAAAUGGAUUCGCCUAAAUGGAAGAGGCCAUUUGACUAGUUUAAAGACAUUUUCGUCGUUCUCAGUUUGCAUUUGAUGGGGAAUAGUAUCAUGUUGAAUUAUGACAAGUAAAAUGUAUUACAUCAUAAUUAAAAUUGAGCCAGGCGGCGGAGGGCAUCCGUAAUGCCAUUACGUGACCGUCCUGAUGACCCUCGAGUGUGAUGCAAGGGUUCGUUCGUUGCCCGGCCUCGUGGUCACCAUGAACAUCUCAACGCCACCGCCAUGCCUGGGUAACGCGGAGAUGUGUGUGUGUGUGUGUGUGUGUUGUGGUACCUAGGCACCUCUUCCGAUGCGGCACAAGCUUCACUACUGUAAUGACUGCAGCCUCGUGGGUGUAAAAUUGGCGUCGAUGUGUAAAUAUUGUGUAUAUACUCUUUUGUGUUCUCUGUUGUUUUAUUUUCUCGGAGUUUUGUAUACUAAGCAUGACAGAUAUUUGUGUCAAUUACUUCGGCCAUGUACUCCUCUGUACUGUACAGAUCUUGGUAUGCUAACAAUGGUAUUUUUCGUCGUUGUUACUAGUAAAGAAAUGAAAGGAAAAUGAUGUGCUGAGUGGACCUUUACAGCAUGUCAUAAUGAUAUUGCUAAUAAAUAUAUUUCGUGACUAGAGAAA